AGGAAAAAAAGGGCAAAACAGCGCAUUUUUUUCUUUUCCCUUCCCAUGUCAGGUCGCUCUCUUCAGUGCCUGCUCGUCAGUAGAGUAGAGAGCGCGCCUCCGACACCCUGCUAAUCGCGCACUUCCGGAUCAUCACUGACGAUCGCGUUUAUUCUCCAGACUCCUAAAGAGUGCUCGAGAGGACGUAACUUGCAUCUAGCGUUUCAUUUCUUCACGAUCUGAAGCUCCGGGAGACUGCUAUCACCUCUCAGUCAUGGGAAACAGCGUGUCCGGCAUCCCACCGCUUCAGAGAGGACAUCACAACAGAUUUCACAGACUUCACAACUCCCAUAAAGAUUCUCUAGGUGGCCCGUUCCCUCCGUCCGCUCACCGAUGCCACCAGAAGCCGAAGCGCUGCUUGCCCCUACAGCCAUGCGUGGGCAUUCCCGUCAGCCCGCUGCUCUUCCACCCCAGUGCCAAGGGCUCACAGAUCGUCAUGGACAUGGCUCAGAGGACAGUCAAAAGACAGGCCAGCUUUUGCAACGCGAUCACCUUCAGCAACAGACCCAUCGCCCUGUACGAACAGGUCCGCCUCAAGAUCACAAAGAAGCAGUGUUGCUGGAGCGGUGCUCUGCGCUUGGGCUUCACCUCCAAAGACCCAUCACGCAUCAACCCCGAAAGCCUGCCCAAGUACGCCUGCCCAGACCUGGUGUCUCAGAACGGCUUCUGGGCCAAGGCUCUCCCCGAGGAGCUAGCCAAUGAAGGCAACCUCGUCGCCUUCUGGGUGGACAAAAAGGGCCGCGUCUUCUACAGCGUCAACGGCUCCAGUCCCAUGCUGUUCUUCAGCGGCGUGCGCACCACCGAAACCCUGUGGGCGCUCAUCGAUGUCUACGGCCUGACUCGAGGAGUCCAGCUACUCGAUAGUGAGAUCGUCCCUCCAGACUGCCUCCGUCCACGCUCCUUCACUGCAGUACGAGGCUCCUCAUCCCUGCGCCGUGAGGCCGAGUCCUCCCGCCUGUCCGUCAGCCUCUGCGACCUCAACCUGGCUCGAGACGAGGCCAGACUCCGCCUCCCAUCCGCUCCCAUCCCCUCCUCCCGCCCCAUUCCACAAAAUUCCCUGAACUCUUACCUCCCAGCCGCCCUGGAAAGCGAGCUGCGUUUCCACCAGCUGCGCGGCACCCAUGUCAAGGCCGUGGACGAGCAGACGGUGGCACGCUGCAGUCACGGGCAUGAAGAAGAGGGCACUCUGGUGUUCACCGAGCGUCCAAUGCGCCUCUCAGAAACCAUCUACAUCACAGUGAGCAAGUCAAGUCUGGCUCGCUCAGGCUCACUCUCCUACGGUGUGACCUCGUGUGACCCCGCCACACUGCGCCCAAUGGAGCUUCCCUCGAACCCGGAGGAGCUGGUGGACCGCAAAGAAUUCUGGGCUGUGUGUAAGGUGUCCUCCUCGAUCCACUCUGGAGACGUCCUGAGCUUCCUGCUCACACAGGAUGGAGAGCUGAUCCUGAGUCAGAACGGCACCAACGCUGGCAUGCAGGCCUGUGUCGAUAACUCCCGCCCGCUCUGGAUGUUCUUCGGGCUUCAUGGUGCCAUCACGCAGCUAAGGAUUUUAGGCUCCAUCCACCCAAGCGAUACUCAAGGCCCCUCCAGCCCGAGCUCACCCUCCUCCUCCUCACCUCACUCUCUUGGAGCAGGCCUCUGCAGUGGCAGCUCAGAGCCAACCAUAAAUGCAGGCUGCUCUGGAACAUCCCCAAGCUCACCCAUCCAUCUCUCCAAAUCUCCUACCUUCCCAUCAUCCUCCAGCUCGUGGCUGGAUGAGUGCUCCAUCUGCUACGAGAAUGCAGUGGACACAGUUAUCUACGCGUGCGGUCACAUGUGCCUGUGCUACAGCUGUGGUCUGCGCCUCAAAAAGAUGGCCAAUGCCUGCUGUCCAAUCUGCAGGAGGGCUAUUAAAGACAUUAUAAAGACCUACCGAAGCACAUAGGAGCCAUAUUCCACUUCUGUAAUACACCAUAUGGUGGCCCAUGAGGGCCAAAACAAAGACACAUAACGAGACCCUCAUACUAUGGGAAAGAAGCUUCGGGUUCAGGGACAAACUUCAUGGUUCCCAUGGUGAUGAAUUUGAACCUUAAAGGCUCAGGCAUCCGUCCGCAAAAAAAGGUCUCUUACAGUUUCAUGCACAAGGCUUUGUUGCUACGGUAACCAGUCGUGACGCUGCUCAGGAAAGGAGGAUUCUGACUAAAGCGCUCCACAUAGGAGGGAAAGGAGACGCAAAACUGUAAAUAGCCUCAAGCAAAUCAGGAAGUUCCAGGAGACAUUAAUGUCUGAAAUAUUAAUAUCUCCAUCUUAUUUUCAACACGUUCAACUCGAUUUGAGCCAUAAGAGACUCGAGGAGUCUCGACCGUUUGCAGAAGUGGAAAGCUGGAAACCGUAUUUAACAUUUGAAAGAUAUAAAAGUGGGUCUUUUUUUUCCCCUUCAGCCUGUCGGCUGCCCUUGAAAACUCAGACUUUUGCACCAGAUUCAUGUUAAAUGUUUCAGUGUCACAAUUUCUGUCUGUGUACAGCUGAGAUUAAGUGAGACAUCAAUCAAACACACAUGUACAGUACGGCCCAAGCCUCAUUCUCGCAGAGCUAACGCUUAAGCUACUAUUCCAGAUAGCUUGCAAAUGCUCCGUGCUUUCGAGUCAUUGUUGACGUAUUGAAUUGAUGAAAGGACCUUCAAGCACUGAUGACAGUACAAUGCUGUGUUAAGCAGUGUAAUGUGAAGCCUCAGUUCCCUGCUGAAACAAACAGAUUAGAGAUUCCACAUGAGAAGCUGGUGCUGCUGGUGCAUUACGGACUUGCCAGAUGCAGGUUGUUAGGCUACGCAUUUGAGCAGUAUAGCAUGAAAUAACAGGCGUAGAGCUAGUUGCACCUAGCUAUAACAGAAAUCUUAUGAGGAUAUAGAACUAGUGUACUUUAGUAAUGUACUGUUAACAGGAUCACACGUUAUAGCAGCAUUGUGAGAAAGUCAAAGCUAAUGUUUUUUAAGUGUCACGCCAGCCAGUCACUCAGCUGAUGUUUAUUGUGGAUGUUUGAUAUUUGUGUAGUGGUUGUGGGAAACCUUAUCAGAUGCCAGCGUGGCUGUGAGUUCUCAUCAGAAAUCAGGUUUUGGGCCAAAAAUCAUCUUUAAGCAACCAUUAAUGUACAUCACCAAAUUGACAUGUAACUAUUUUAAUUUACUUUCUAAUCUCCUUUGGAUCUCUUCCUGUACAAAUCACAGUAGGUACAGAGCCAGGUUAACAAACACAGCCAUAAAUGCAAUAAAAAGAGUUUGCCUAAAGUUGUUUAAUGUCUUAAAGUAAGAAAAGAUCUCCUUUAAUUCCAUUUUAACAAGCAUUUAAAUCCACACCGGCCGCAUUCAGAGACGCAGACCCGAGCUCGUGUUUCCCACUGACCCUUGAUUUACUCUGUUACUUUCCCUCACAUAUGAGUGUUGUAAACCCAUGAGAAAUCAAAACACAGUUUAUUUUUAAUCAUAUUCUACAAAGAUCAUGAUUAUGCAACGUGUAGUUGCAUAGCAAAGAUUUUGCACUUAUUUUAGCUAAACCCAGCAACAUGAUUUUCACUUUCAAUUGGGUUUUUGGUUUUAGCAGCCUCUUCAUUGCAGUUUGCCAUGCAGAUUGUGGAUUAUGGAGCAGAUUUUUCCUCAUCUUGUUCUUAUAAUCUUACAAUUAGAUCCAGUCCACUAGUUUGAUUGGUCCAAUCAAAUUACUUCCUGGUUUGAAACAGUUAAUACAGAGGUUUUAGUGACAUCAUCAACGAACAAAGCAAACAAUACUCUUCACUUAUAAUAUGAAAGCUGGUCAGAUGAAGAUGAUAAAGAUGAAGGGUAAAUGAUAAGUUUACCAGAAACACCUUUUAACGGUUAUUGUCACUACUCGAUCCAUACCGGAAACACGAUUUGUACUGUGCAUGUGCGGAAAUGCACUUACUUCUUGUCUGAAGUAUAACAGAAAAAUUACGGCAGUUUAUUUAUACGGCAGGUAUUUAUAAUACUGUUGACGCUCUUAAUACUAUAAAGACGCUCUUAUUUGCGGGAUAUUGCUUAAUUAAAGAUUCCUGUAUAGCAACGUCGGUUACAAACUGAAGGCUAUUUAUACUGAGGCGGUAAUGAGUAAUAGGCGAGUCAGUUGUAAAUAGGAGAAUCCUGUUGGUUUGGCUAAGUGGUGGGUGUGGUUAAGGGUGCAGUGAUUAUGGAAGCUCUCGAGGUCUGUACUAUUAAUUAUGAUGGGAAGUUCGGAUCAUUUUACUGACUCGGAUCGUUGAAUCUCGCACGGCAAAAUGGACUAAUCUUUCUUCAAGUCAUUUCGUUCAUUUCAGCAGAAUAUAACUACAAUGUUACGUGUUAAUAGCUAAUUACCUCGACUUACGCAAACAUUGAUCACAUUUAGAAUAAGACAAAACUCUAAAUCAACCAAGGUCUAAACGAGACUGACAGGAACACGAACAGAACUUUCUUUAUUCCUCAGAAAAUGUUCAUUGCACACGUCUUUGGAUAAUUUUGUGAUAAUUCCUAAAUAUUAUACAUCACAUUAGUGUUGAUAACUGUAAGAUACCGAUCCAGGAAGUGGUCACGUGAUGAACGAACGACUCGGACCCCGAGACUCAGGAGAUUAUUUCUGUUUCCUCCACACACUGCAUAGCCUAUGAGGCUGUCAUGUGAUGAACGAGCGACUUGGGAGACGAACUAAUCAUGUUACUUAUAGGGUAUUGCACAUGCGCAGUCAAUACAAAAAUGAACAACUCGCUCCCUGAGACGACUCGUUGUUCCCGAGUCAUAUUAAGGAUUCAAAUCGUUAAUGAACGACACAUCACUAAUAAGUAAAAAAAAAAAUGACUGGACUGAACCUCUCUGUUGUCGGAAUGACCAAAAAUUUAUAAGAAAGUAGAUUUGUUAAAAGAAAAAAGAACAAAUCCACGCCAUUACACAAACAAAACGCAUUUAAUAGCCUUUUAUAUAUAGGACUACAGAUAAGGCGGAGUUCUUGAAGUGUUUAAAGACAGUUUGAACCGGUUACAUGCUAGUUAUGAUUGCACACAUUAUUCCUUAUAAACUAGACGUUGGUGUAGCUGUAUUUAGCAGGGUUGUGUAUGUGAAGAAACGUAAUAAUAUUAAUAAUAAAGUCAGCAGACAGGGGAUUAAACAGGCUAAUACAAUGAAUUAAUAACUCACACUUUUAAUAUAAACCUUGAUUUAGAAUUGAACUUGGAGGGGGGGAAAAGCAGCGUUUUUCCCUUUGUCAUUUUUAAUAUGUCUAAUCAAGCGGUCAGUGCAGGCACACGUGGCUCUGUGGUCAGUUUCUCCACUCGAGUGUUGAAAUCAGCUUCUUGAAGCACUCGGAACAUGCAAUUGCCAUGGAGACGGGAAUCUUAGGAGCAGGAACACAGCCUUGAGAUGUUAAACAGUGAAAAGAUCAUUUGUCAGACAAGGUUUUUUUGCAAUCCAUAAUUUACCAAGUACCCUCUUUAUUCAAGGCCAAAUACGGCAUGCUGCAGGAUAAUAGCUGCUCCAGGGUGGCGGAGAAAAAAAAAACAAGACAUCUUGAGCUAGCACGUGUAAAGAUGCAUAAAGGUGUGGAGGAUUUUUGCACGCGCAGUGAGUGAAGAAGAGCUGGGGUAUGGAGGACACAAAAAACGGGAAGGAUUUGAGAAAAGUUUUGCCUUAAGAGUGCUUUUUAGCCAUAAAGUCCAUACCUGGACAUAGAGUGCUGAUGUCAUGAUAAUCACGUCAUCAUGUAAAAGAACGGAUCACGGCCACAUAUCAGGGACGUCAUCGAUAUAUAUAUAUAUAUAUAUAUUUUUCUUCUCCCCCCAGAAAUCAAUCGUGGCAGCCAGGGCUAAAAUCUAUGCUGCUAUAGCAACAGAGAUCAUCUUCAGGCAGCCUACAACGUCAUGCAUCUGGAUUUCCAUGUUUUUACAUUUUGUGUAUAUAUUUAAAAGCAGGGCGUCCUUUUUAAUGUCGUCGAGCCUAGUUAGAAAUGUUUUUGUAAUAAUUGCAGUAGACAAGACAGGAGAAAGCCCAAGUUUAUUCUUCUACCUGGAUGACCAUGCAAUAUUUUUUAUUUCCCAGAAAAUACAGAGCUGUAUGAUUUGCUUGAGGUUUUGGUUAUUCACUUCUAAAUUGUUAAAUUUAUGUUCAUUGGUGCCCCUCUGAUGGACUGGUGUCUCAUCCACGGUGUAUUCCCAGUGUACCACACCCAGUGGAUAAGCUCGGGGUCCAUCACAAUGCUGACGAAUUGAGAAUCUGAGUAGACAGAAACGCUUGAAAAGGGCCUUCCUCGUGUUUUCAAGUCACUUUAUAAAGCUUGUGAUUGUACAUUUCUAAACGGCUUCAUCUCUGGGGAUGGAGAUAUGACCUAUGACCACUUUAUGUUGACCAAAUGUAUUAAUCCAGCAAUCUGUCCUGAAGUGAAACUGGCUGUGAUUUUUAUUUUAUUUUAUUUUUUUAAAUCUGUUCCGAUUUGCCCUGUUGUGUUGAAUUCAGACUUGGAGUAGAUCUGUGCAUCAUGAGAAUUGUUUGCUGAGGACCUACAUGCGGACAUCCCACAGCUAGCUUCACUUCUGAUUGUCGUCGAACCCUGUAAUAAUGAGUUUAUCCAUGUAGUGUAUGAUGUGUUGAAUGUUAAAGUAUAUGGUACAGAUAAUCACCUUUCAACAUCUCAAAUGGCUCUGCUUUGCAGGAAUUCGGUUCUUGCACUGUGACUCUCUCAAGUUUCCUUUGUGCACCUUAUUAGUUCUAAUUCAUUUCAUUGACGUAGACAGACGAUCACUAAUCAGGUCAUUAGGCAUUAAAGGUGCGGUGUGUCGUUUUAACGUCCUCUACUGACGUGUUAAGGAAACGAUGCAGGGCCAGAAAAUAAUUGUACUAUAUAAAUGUAAAAAAAAAAUAAAAAAUAAUAAUAAAAUAAAGAGAGAUGCCAGAGUUAUUGUACAGCAAUAUUAUGAAAAAAAAUUCUUUUUCUAAAGGAUCCCUUGAAACAAUAUGUAUCAAGACUGGAUUAGAAACCUUCCGCACCUUUAAAAGCAUCAUUCAAAAAGUGUUCUUCAUGGUUCAUCCAUGUUUCGUUUCCUCACACAGCGCAGUGUAGCUGUUCUGCAGUUCACCCUGAGUUCAAAGCCUGAUGAAUCAGUGAUUCAAUGAUCUGAAUCUUUCAGCAGCCGCUCACCCAUUAGAUUAGGUAUUCAGUGUGUGAAUCUACAAGGCGUCACCAAAGUCUCCACACGUCUGGGAUCAUGUACGUCAGCUCCACGUUGCUCGUGUUUUCGUCCCUGCUCGGAUGGCCCGCAGCAUGUCCAGUGUUUUUGAAUCUGUUAAUAAAUCUGGCGACAGUACGGUGUGUCACGCGCUCGCCGAUUUUCCCGUUAAAGUCCAUCACGACCUUGCGACAGCUUCACGGUCCAGCCACGAGAAUCGUUUCAAUUUCUUUUUGUCAUUCUUAAAAGCUGUCUGGAAAAAAAAACCAAACAAACAAACUGUAAUUAUAUACUAUGUAUGAGUAAUUUUGGAGGACAUUUUGCAUAUCCCUUAUGUACGGAGACUUUCGGGACACCGUGUCGUGCAAACGUCGUCCAGGGUGUUUAUUUUUACUCUAGUGCUGCAGACGGUGACUGAUUUGUAAGCUUUGUAUAGUGUGAGUCAUAGAACGAUUGUGUCAAUAAACUUUCCAAAUGUGUUUCAGCUA